AUGCAAACGACACACGAUUUUUAUACGUGGAAAACCCCUUCGAUGUGAAGGAUAAAAACCACGGGACUUAUAGGGAGUCCGCCCUCUUCUUCUCUUAUUAUGCAAAUUGAGGGUAAAAACACCCAAACUCAGUCUACAAGGAUGUCACAGCCCACCAACAACAACAUACAUAAGAGGCAUCAACAAUAGAGAAGGAAAAUCAGGAUUAUCCCCCAAAAACGCAGCGUCGCACCAGCUGCGAUUACAGAAGAUCCGUAGCUCCGAUUAAUGUGAAACUUGAACAGAUUGAAGCCCAAAGUGUUGGGAACAACCUCUGAAAAUUUCAGCUCAAUCCAACGGUCGGAUCUCCGGCGAUGAUCGAAUUUGUGCGGCUGGUCUGUAAAUUCUGCACCAGCACCUUUCCUCUCUCUAUUCUGUUUUUUUUCUCUCUGCUCUCUCUCUACCUUGUCCCUUCUUCUUCUUCUUCAUGUGUUGGGAGCCCUGCAUUAUUUCUGGCCGCCGGCCUCUGUUCUCCCCGGCCACGAUUCUUCAUCAAAAUGAACUCUCUGCAGCUCUCUUUUCCGGGUUCCCGACCUCCCAUCUUCAGAGUUUUCUCUCACUUAACUGAUGUUGAGGUAAGGAGCAAGUGCUCAUCCUCAGUGGUGGAGAGAAAUGGGCCAUUGCCAUGUUCGGAAUGGAAAACCGUUCCCGAUAUUUGGAAGACGUCAGCAGACAAGUUUGGCGAUUUUGUCGCGUUGGUGGACAAUUACCAUAAUCCUCCAACAAGCCUUACAUAUAAGCAGCUUGAAAAGGAGAUUUCGAGCUUUGCAGAAGGCCUUAAGGUUGUUGGCUUAGAAUCUCUUGAGAAGAUUGCUCUUUUUGCUGAGAAUUCGUGCCGCUGGCUUGUUGCAGAUCAAGGUAUAAUGACAACUGGAGCAAUCGAUGUAGUGCGGGGUUCAAGGUCAUCAGUGGAAGAGCUUUUGCAAAUCUACACCCAUUCUGAAAGCGUUGCACUUGUUGUGGACAAUCCUGAAAUGUACGACCGAAUUGCAAAAACCUUCAGCUCGUCCGUGAAAGCCAGAUUUGUGAUCUUACUUUGGGGGGGAAAGUCAGGUAUCAGAAGUGAAGGGACAAUGGAUGGGCUCCUUCCUCCAAUAUAUAGUUAUGCAGAGAUCAUCAAUUUGGGAAACCAGCAAUCUCAAGAAGCAGGGCAUAAACAAUAUGCAUAUGAACCAAUUAUCAACUCUGAUGAUGUAGCCACACUUGUUUAUACUAGUGGAACCAGUGGCAAUCCAAAAGGGGUUAUGCUUACCCAUCGGAAUCUCCUUCACCAGGUUAAGAAUUUUCCGGAAUUUGUACCGGUUGUACCUGGAGAUAGAUUCCUGAGCGUACUUCCUCCAUGGCAUGCCUAUGAACGUGCAUGCGAAUAUUCAUCUCUUGCUACCGGGUGCCAGCAAGUCUACACCAGUGUCAAACACUUGAAGGGGGAUUUGGAACGGUAUCAGCCAAGUUAUCUAAUAUCAGUUCCUUUGAUAUAUGAGACCUUAUACAGUGCGAUUAUGAAACAGAUUAAUACAAGUGGUAGUUAUCGUAAGCUCGUCGCACUGACAUUUCUAAAGAUCAGUUAUGCCUACAAAGAGCUCAAAAGGAUCUAUGAGGGGAAAUGCUUAACACAAGAUCAAAAACUGCCUUCCUAUCUUGUGUCAGCAUUAGACUGGUUAUGGGCCAGAUCCGUUGCCGCUCUAUUGUGGCCAUUGCAUAUCUUGGCAAAUAAAUUACUCUACACUAAAAUUUGCUCAAAGAUUGGUAUAUCUAAGGCUGGAGUAAGUGGAGGAGGUAGUCUUCCUAUGCAUGUUGACAAGUUCUUUGAGGCAAUUGGCAUUACUGUACAAAAUGGGUACGGUUUAACAGAAACCUCUCCUGUUCUUGCUUGCCGAUGGCAAAAUUCCAAUGUCAUCGGCUCAAUUGGAUAUCCCAUUCCAUACACAGAUAUAAAAAUUGUAGAUGUUGAAACAGAUGAGGUCCUACCACAUGGUUGUAAGGGCAUUGUCAAAGCAAAGGGACCGCAGGUGAUGAAGGGCUAUUACAAGAAUCCAAUCGCUACAAAGCAAGCUGUUGAUGAGAAUGGAUGGCUAAAUACUGGUGAUCUUGGUUGGAUUGUUCCUCACCAUUCUAUAGGGAGGUCUCGGAAUGCUUCGGGUGUUAUUGUCCUAGAAGGCCGUGUCAAGGACACUAUAGUGCUUGUAUCAGGUGAGAAUGUUGAACCGUCUGAGGUUGAAGAAGCUGCAAUGUGUAGCAGUUUGAUUCAGCAGAUUGUUGUCAUUGGACAGGACAAACGGCGCAUUGGUGCCAUUGUUGUACCAAAUAAGGAGGAGGUUCUUUCAGCAGCAAAAAAGCUGUCUAUUGUUGAUUCUGAUGCCACCGAAGUCGGCAAGGAGAAAACUGCUAGCCUAUUACAUGAAGAACUCAGAAAAUGGACGACGGGUUGCACAUUUCAAAUCGGGCCUCUCCUUGUCAUCAAUGAGCCUUUUACGGUUGAGAAUGGUCUGUUGACUCCAACAAUGAAAGUUAAGAGAGACAAAGUAGCAUACCUUUACAGAGAGCAAAUAGACAAUCUAUACAAAUGACUUCACUUCCCAAAUGGGAGUUUUUGUAAAUCAAUUAAUGUACUAGGCAUUUAAUAAAUAAUAAUAAUAAAACAAAUGCUUUGCUGCUCAUGGCACCAGAUGGUUUUUCCUCUUGAUUUUCAUCACUUACUUAUAAAAUACUACUUUUGCCCUGCUUCUAAUACUACAGUCAAUUUUAAAAUUUUCUCCCCACUCAGAAAUAAUAUAAACUAUGGCCU